AAAUAAAUAUUUUGAAUUUCAAUUGAAACGCUUCAUGCUCUUAUAAUGCAUGUACAAAAUAUCAGUGUCAAAAUAAAAUGUUCUUUGAUAUUGCUCCUUUAUCUUCUUAUUGGUGAAAUAUCUAAUACAAUGCAAGAUCUUGACUGUGAUCUUGGAUUAAAAGAUGAUAAUUUGUGUCCUAUUGAUGGUGGUUGGACUUCUUGGAGUUCUUGGGGCCUUUGCUCUGGAAAAUGUGGAUUUAAAGGCAAAAGAACCAGACACCGUAUUUGCAAUAAUCCUUUACCUUCAAAUGAUGGAGCUCCGUGCAUUGGUUCUAGUUAUCAAACUGAAAAUUGUCAAAUUAUUGGUUGCAGAAUGAAUGAUUAUGAAGAAGUUGUAAGCAAUCAUCCUAUACGUAAGAAAGAAAUGGAAAUUGUGAAAAACGUUCACAAAAGAUUACCUGCUUUGAUUGAACUGUGUUUCUUUGUUGAUUGUACAUUCUUCAUUGUAGAAAAAAUUCUUGGAAGCAGCGCGAUGCUUUAUUGGAAUGCUAUGAAUUGUGUUAAAUACAAUGUUGGAUGUCCAAGGCCUGGAGGUUGGAGUACUUGGGAAGCUUGGUCACCGUGUACUGCAAUUUGUGGCAGGGGUCAGAAAUAUCGUACACGAAAUUGUAAUAGCCCAGUACCUUCAAAUUCUGAAUUAAUGUGUAAUAAUUCAGCAUUUGAAGUGAAAAGUUGCAUGGGACUUAAUUGCCAAACACAUCCAGCAGGAACUUGGAUUAAUUGGAGUGGAUGGAGUGUGUGUAGUGUAGAAUGUGGUAAUGGUAUUCAAGUAAGAAAACGUUCAUGUUCAGAGAUACAAAAUAUACAAGGAAGUUCGUGUAAAGGCUCAACUGAAGAAAUAAAGGGUUGUUCGAUCAAUAAGUGCUCCAGUAAGAAAAUUAUUUUACACGAGAUAAAAUUCAUUUCUUCAUUGAAGUUAUGUAUGUUUUCAUCAGUAAAUGGAAUCUGGUCAUCAUGGACAGUAUGGACAGCUUGCACCUCAAGCUGUGGAAUAGGUACACAGUUAAGAAAUCGAAUGUGCAAUAAUCCCUCUCCAAGUGGUAAUGGAACAUCCUGUUCUGGUUCUGCUUCUGAAGUUCGUCAAUGUUUCUCUAAGCCAUGUUCAGUUAGAUCACAUGAAGUAGCAUAUUUCACAGAGAAAAGCAGUCUUCUUUACAAUGUAAAUGGGAAACAUUCGCGUUUACUUCAUUUAUAUGUAAGAUUUUUACCACUUUCACCUUUUGGUGUGAUCAUUUAUCGAUUUGAAAACAAUUGUAAGGGAUCAAUGUGUGAUUUUGUAAAACUGUUUUUGCACAAUGGAAGAAUAAUACUUUUGUCUAAAAUUUCUGGUUGUACUUUGGGUUUGGUUCAUGAACAUAAACUGGAAAUUGGACAAUGGUAUGUAGUAUUAAUUGCAAUUUAUGGAACACGUGGUAUGUUACGUGUUAACGAUAAUCGUCAUGAAAUUGCCACUUUUUCAUGUAUUCCAAUGUCAUAUAAUCUGGAUCAUGCUAUGAAAGUAGGAGAAUUUCAUGGUCAACUUCAAGAAAUUGCAAUUAAUUUUGCACCUGUUCAAUUCCAUGCAUCCAAAGUUACUAUCAUUAAUUUUCUUUUAAAAAUAUGA